GACAUAUCCAUAUAAUGUUGGUUAGUUGCAAGCUCACUCACGUUGGUUUGUGUAUAGUCCGUCAUCGAAAGUCGUCGUAAGUGUACAAGAGACAACACGAACAGAAGUUCCGCCUGAAAUUCUGAAAUUACGAACAACCCAUUUAAAAAACAAACGCUUUACGGUUGUCAGCGAAUAGUUAAAUAUCUUUCGAAAUUCACUGAAGUGUUUCCCGUUGAAUUACUUUGCAUCAGGGAUUAAUUGAUUCUUACAAUCAAAUUCGCAUCGACGUUGCCAACCAUCAUCAAUGUUUUACCGCCAUCUAGUGGUGAGCAGAAGGCUACUACAACCAAAGAUCGUGUAUAACUAAGAUGUGACGAAAACGUUUCACGGAUCCUGUAGUGCGUGUGUAGGUAUGGGUUUCCCUUAAAGGGGUUGUUUAGUUGUAAAUGACUUAUUGAGUGAACAGCAUGAAAUUUAAUUAAUUAUAGAGUAGGAAACUCACAGAAUUCCAACGUUUUGGGGAUCAAACGUGUUGAAUUGGCUGCUCUGCUCCAGUUUUUGUUUCUUGAAAUAGGACCAGAGUGAAGGCUCAGGCCUAACCUACGCGUACAACUUUCCCAGGAUCCCUUGCUUCACGGUGUGUGUUCUGCUCAUCUGCGACUGUUUGAAACAUGGAGGAGAGGGAAAGAAAAAGUGUACCUACAGACAGAGAAGAAACACAAGCAGCCUGCUCGAGUACACCAUUAGUACCGGAGCUUGAGACUGAGGCAGGCAGUAAAGAUGUGGACGAUGGCGCAGAUAAAAUAGAUGUGUGCUCCGACAACUUCGACCCUCUCAUGGCCUUGUACUCGCCGACUGUACCGCUUCCCUUUCCAAAUGUCAAAUGUUUUAACAAUGUGUCAGCCUACGAGAGCUUUCUGAAGGGAGGUCGGGGAAGGGCCAAGCCGGAGAAUGUGGAGAAGAGGCGGCAGAAGGCGAUGAAAGGGGUGGUGGACCCGGAGCGUAUCGCCAGACUGAAGAGGCUGAUGGUUAAUAACCCGGUGAAGGAGUCUGAGGAGGGAGAGAGCAGCAGCGCACCGAGGAGAAGGAGACAGAAACCACAGAAAAAUGUCCUCACGAGGAUGCCUUUAUGUAAAGGCAGUCCAUUGGGGGAGCUGUACAGAUGUGUCCAGGAGAGGAUAAGGGUCAAAGUUCACAUCAGGACCUUCAAAGGACUGAGGGGAGUGUGCUCUGGCUUUGUUGUGGCCUUCGACAAGUUCUGGAACAUGGCGAUGGUCGAUGUGGAUGAGACGUACAGAGAGCCUCUGCUUGGAGAAGCUUUCUACCAUGAGAAAGCACUUACCAUCUCACGGCUCUUUGAGAAGCUUAAGCUCCAGGAGAGCUCAGCAGUCGAGGAGUCAGCCAAGGAGCAUGAAGCUCAGGAAACAUCAAUCAAAAGACAGUCAUCAAACCCAAAGACCAUGUCCACUCAACGCUUCAGCACAAGAGAGGACAGCAGGACCAAGUCCAAGCUUCCAGGCGCUGACACAACCUCACAGGAUAAACAUAAAGUCUCAGUGAAGGCCCGGGAUCCAGAGGUCUGUCAGAAGAAACAGUCCCAAAAGUAUGGGAAGGUCCACACACGGCACGUCAACCAGCUUUUCAUCAGGGGCGAGAACGUCAUCCUGGUUAACCCCCAGCCUCUGAUUUCUGUUUGAUGCAUCCUGAUUGGUCAUUACAGCCACACUCAAUGAAAAUUAUGAUUGAUUUUACUCCUAACAUCUGUAACAGUAGGUGUGAAAUACUAUAAAUGAACUGACAGAGGUAUGAUUUAAUCAGAUUGGAAAGAAUCAAACGUGCACUGGUGUUAUAUCAUAUUGAUAUGAAGGUUUUUCUCAGCCCAUGAGAGAAAUAAUCUUGUUUUUGAAGAAUAAAAGCUCCUCAGUUCUAAUUAUA